AUGCGUGUCUUGUGUUGGGCCUGGUCGUGGGCGGGGCCGGCAGAGAUCGAGCGGCUGCUGCGCGCGGAGAAGGAGGCGAGGGUGGCACGGGGCGUGCAGGUGGAGCUGGAGGAGGCGAAGAGAGCUUUGGAAGAAGCGGAGUUCAAGAAUCGCGACUUCGCCAAGAUGCUCACAACUGCCGAGGCUAACGCUGCUCGUCUCAAGGAGCAGGCGGCUCAUCUGACUGCGAAACUCCAAGACGAGCGUCGGGAGCGGGAGAAGCUGGAGGAGCAAAUGGAACAGCUGGCGGAAGGAUCCGGCAAUGCGGCGCACCUGACGGCAGCAGUGCGUAAAGAGAACGACGAGCUUAAAGCGCGGGUCUCCCUGGCGGAGCAGCGCCUGGCGGACGCCCAGCGCCUGGAGGCGGAAUUCAAGGCGAUGACGGGGCAGCGCGCGGACCUGGAGCUGCAGGCGGAGAUGGGGCGCAUGGGGAAGGAGAGCGCGGAGAAGCGCGCGGCGGAGGCGGAAGGGAAGGUGAAGAUGGCGGAGGAUGAGGGGAGGCGCGCGGUGUGUGUGCUGGAGGAGAAGAUGAAAGGGAUGCAGCGGGAGAAGGAGCAGCUGGCGGAGGAGCUGCAGGCGGCGGUGAGGGGGAGGGACGCGAAGAAGGGGGAGUUGGCGGGGAGGAUUGCGCGCCUCGAGGCGGAACUUGCGGAGAUGAAGCGCGAGGCGGGGAGAUUGCAGGAGGCGGCGAAGGAGGCGGCGAGGCAGAAGGCGGUGGAGAUGGAGGGGCUGCAGAGGGAGCUGGAUGCGGCUGCUGCUGCGCUGGCGGAGGUGAAGCUGAAGCGCGGGGAGGCGGAGGAGGCUCUGCGCGCGGAGAAGGAGCGGAGGCACGCGGAGGUGGCGGCUGCGGUUGGUUCCGCGGAGAGGAGAUGCGCGGAGUACGAGGAGAGGAUCGGGGGACUGCUGAAGGAUGUUGAGAGGUUGGAGAGAGAGAAGGUGGAGCUGAUCGGGAAGGUGCAGCGCGGUGAGGAGGAGUGCAGACGGGUGUUGAAGCUGGGCCGUGAGGCUGAGUUGAAGGUGGGACGGCUUGAGAAGGAGUUGAAGGGGGUGGAGGGGGAAAGGGAGAGGAUGGGGAAUGAGCUGGGUGUUUUGCGCGCGGUUCUGGAGGAUGCGGAGCGGCGCAUGGAGGCGCAGGCGGAGGAGGCGCGCGCGCAGCUGCGCCACUCGUACGAGGCAACCAAGGAGGAGGCGCGGAAGACGGGCGCGGAGAUCGAGGUGCUGCGGCGGGAGGUGGAGGUGAGCGCGCGCGAGGUGGCGGAGCUGGUACGGAGGGCGGAACAGGCGGAGGCUGCGGCGGCGAAGGAGGCGGAACGGAGGUUGGCGGAGAGCAGCGCGGCGGAGAGUGUGCGCGCGAGGCUGGAGGCCAGGUGCAGGGAGGCGGAAGAGCGCGUGGUGCAGCUGGAGGGGGUGGUCGCUGGGGAGGAGGGCGAGAUCGCUGGUCUGCUGGAACGCGCGACAGCAGCUGAGGCGGCCGGAAAGAAGGCAGAGAGCGAGCUUUGGGCGAUGGAGGCGGCGAAGGAAAAGGCGGAGACUGAGCUCGAGAGAGUGUCAGCGGAAUGCGAGAGACUGGCGCAAGAUAUGGGGAUCCUGCGCGAGGUGGUGGAGGAUGUUGAGGGGCGCGUGGAGCGCGAGGCGAGGGAGGCUACUGGGCUGCUGGUAAAGCUGAGUGCUGCUGAAAAGGAGGUUGACGGGCUGAGGAGGGAAGUCGAGGAGGAGAGGGCGAGGGCGGAGGAUGCUGUGAGGGAGAAGGCGGAGGCGUGCGCGGAGGUGGAGGAGGGGAGGGGGAGGACUGCAGCGCUGGAACGUGUGGUGGAGGAGGUACGGGAGUCGCUUGCAGCUGCGACGGAGGACGCGGAGAGGGAAAAGGCCGGGAAGGACGAGGCGGAGGCGGAGGUUGCGCGCUUGAAGCGGGAGAUGGCGCGGGAGAGGGGGGAGUUGGGGGAGAAGGUGGCGGAGCUGCAGGCGCAGGUGGAUAAGCUGGCUGGUGAGUUGGAUGCGGCGGGGGAUGAGCGCCAGACGAUGCAGGCGAGGGUUGACAAGCUGCUGUGCGACGUUUCGCAGCUGUCGCACGACAAGGGUCGCAUGGAGGCGGAGCUGAGAGAGGUUCGAGCGGCAGUCGUUGAGAAGGAAAAGGCUUUGGCCCGCGCGGAGGAGCAUCUGGCGGAGAUUGCGCAGGAGGCGGAAGGACUCCGGGGACAGUUGCGCAACGCGGAGGCGGACGCGGAGAAGGCGGCGAAGGCUGAGGAGGAGGAGAGGGCGGGGCGGGAGGAGGCAGAAGCGAAGGUGAGCGGGUUGGAGGAGAGGGAGCAGCGACUGGUGGGGAAAUACGAGGAGGAGAUUCAAGUGCUUCAGGAGAGGGUCGCGGGGUUGGAGCGGAAGCUGUCGGCGGAGCAGGAGCGCCGGCGCGAAGAAGCGGAGCAGCUGGCGGAACAGCUGGAGGAGGCGCGGGCGGCGCUGGAAGACGCGCGUGCGGAGGAGAAGCGCGCGAGGGAGGAGGCGGACCGGCUGAGCGAGGAGCUGGCAGCGGUGGUGCUCGCCUCUGGGGCUGCGCAGCGGGAGCUUCAGGCGGAGAAGGCUGCGCGCGAGGGGGCUGAAGAGAAGGUCGAGGCAAUGGAGAAGGAGAAAGAGGCGAUGAUGCGAGAUCAUGAGGAUGCGGUGGCGGAGCUGCGCCGGGCGAUGGAGAGUGGGCAGGAGGAGGCGGAGAGGGAGAACUUGUGGCGCCGGAACGAGGUGGACGAGGUGAAGGGGGAGAUGGGGUCGAUCGUGGCGGGGCUGGAAGGGAAAGUGGCGGAGAUGGAAACGCGGGAGGGGAGGAUGGAGGAAGAAGCGCGGCGGAAGCAGGAGGAGAUGGAGGCGUUGGAAAAGCAGGUGAAGGAGCUGGAGUGGGAGAUGAGGCGGCGGAAUGAGGAGCAGCGGCAGGGGCUGAUGGCGGCGGCGCAGCGAGGGGUGGAGAGCGGGCGCGUGGGGGAUGCGCUGGUGGAGGAGGUGAAGGAGCUGCUGGUGAGGCUGGAGCAGGAGGGGGUGCGCGCACAGCAGGUGGCGCAGACGGAGGAGAGGAUGCGUGAGCUGGAGGCCAGGCUGGCAGACGCAGAUGAGCAGCUUGCUGAGCUGGCGGACAAGGAGGAACAGCUGUCAGCGUCUGAGUGGACCAUUGAGCGGAUGGGCGAGGAGCUGAAGCGCGCCAAGGAGGGCACUGAAUCCCGCAAGGCGGAGGUGUCCCAGCUGCAGCACCAGCUGCUGUGCGCGUCCGCCACGCUGGAGGAGCGCGAGAAGGACCUGGACGCGCUCAGGCGCAUGCUGGAGGAGUCCAACAGCAAGCGCUGGCGGCGCGCGCGGCAGAUCAAGCGCAUGGAGUGCGAGCUGGCUGCGCUGAGGGAGGAGCUGGGGCGCGAGCGGAAGCGACGGAGGCCUGAAGGGAGCGGAAAAGAGGGCAGGGAGGAGGAGCGUGAGGAGAGUCCUGUGCGGUUGGCUUCUGGGUCGGUGCUUGCAGUUGGAAUGGGAGGAGCUCAGCAGGAGGGAAGUGGAACGCCUGGGCUGAUCUUGGCGCCGAAUCCUGGGCAGAGCGGGCUGUAUGCGAGGAGGUUUAGGAGCCGGGUGGCUGCUAUGGCUGCUGAGGGUAGGGACGGGGUUGUGGAGAAGGGUGAGACGAAUGGCAGUGCAGGUGGAGGGAUUGUGGGGGGUGAAGUGUCUGCAACGGAAGGCGGUCUCAAUGCGGUCAUGGCAGGUGCUGCUGAGGAGGAAGAGGACGAGGAGGAAGCACCUAAGGCACUGAACUUCGAUUUGGUGGAACAGGAAGAGACUGGCGCAGGAGUACUGGGCGGUGCGAAGGUGUUAGUCCUGGAGGCAGAUCACGGCAAGAAGGUCACGACAGAAGCUGAGGUUGCAGAAGCAGAGUUUGCAGAAGUGGAGCUAGCAGCCUUGAGGUUCGGCUUUGAGCAAGAGGUGAUGGGUGAAGUAGUGGGCGGCCUCGAGGUGGGAAUUUCUCGGCUCCAGAAGCUGCUGGGCGAGGCUGAGAAGAAGCAGGGAGAGGCAGAGGAGGAGGCAGGAAAGGCGAGGGUGAAGCUGACGGUUCUGGAGAAGGAGCUUGCUGCUGCCGAAGCGGUGGUUAUGCACGAGAGGAGGGCUGCUGCUGCUGUGAGGGUUGACUUGUCUGCUGUGACAAGCGAGCGCAACGGGUUGCUGCAGAAGGUGGUGAAUCUGGGACAGCAGGAGCGGGCAGUUGUGGAGGCAACGGGGGGUGCGGAAGGGAAUGAGAUGGGGAGUGAGGUUGCUGCGCUGAAAGCUGAGUUCGCCGCUAUGGUGAGCGAGAGAGACGGGCUGCUUGAGAAGGUAAUGGAGAUGGAGAAGCAGGUGCGGGCUGCUGGUGAGGAGAAGGGCGGAAUGGAGGAGAGGUUGUUGGAGGGAGAGGCUGAGAGGCAGCGGCUGGUGGCAGCUGUGCAGCAGAAGAGUGAGGAGAUUGAACGGCUGGAGGUGAUGGUUGCGGAGAUGGGGAAGAGAGGGCGCUUGGAUCACAUGGGGACGGACGUUGCUGCUGGUGAGGGGAUGGGAGAGGGCGUCGAGGAGGCAAAGGGAGGGAGUGGGGAUGAGGAGGCAGUGAACAGUGGUGUAGUGGAUGGAGAGCAGGGAUUGGACGGGGAGGUGAGGAGGCUGCAGGGGCUGAUAGGGGAGAUGAAGGGAAGAGAGGAAACGGCAAAGAAGGUGGCUGCAGAGAAGGCUGCUCUGGCUCAGCGGCUGGAGGGGAGGCUGAAGAAGGUGGAAGGGGAUUUGAAGGAGAGGGAGGGGAAAGACGCGCUGCUGAAGCGGCAGUGCAAGAACGCAGAAGGGGAGCUGGAAGCUGCGAGGGAGGAGGUGAAGGCUGCAGUGCAAGCAAGGCAGGGGGUUGAGGCACAGGUGAGGGCCAUGACAGAGGAGGCUGCAGGGCUGAAGCGAGCAGCUGAUGAGGCGGAGAAGGGGCGCCAUGAAGCAGAAGCGAAGCUAGCAGACGCUAACGGGCAGCUGAAGAGGCUUGAGGCAGAGUUGGAGGAGGUCCGGGCAGCAAAAACUGCUCUGGAGGGUGAAAAGGGAGAGAUGGUGCUGCAGCUGGAAUCUGAAGCGGAGCAGCUGAGGGAGAGGGUUGCGGAGUAUGAAAGGCAAGCGGAGGAGGCGCAGGCGGGUGCGGCAGUUGCGGCGGAGAGGAUUGAGCAGGAGCUGAAGGUGAGUGCAAGCCGGGUGAGUCAGUUAGAGAAGGAGGUGGAGAGGCGGAAGCAGGGAGAGAAGGAGCUGAGGAAGGAGAUUCUUAGGCUGGAAGGAGAGAAGGAUCUGAGUAAGAAGCUGCUUGCUGCAAAGGAGAUUGGGGAGGGGAUUACAGCGAGAGGGGAGGGGAGUCGUUCCAUGGGGUUGAGCAACAGGGCUGCUGGGGGUGGGGUGGUGUUUCCGCGGGUUGUGAACGAGGCUGGUGCGGAAGGUGGGAUGGGUGCGGGCCGAUCUGCACUGAAGUCCUGGGCAGGAGGGAAUGGGGCGGGGGUGGAGGCGACAGGUGGGAGGGGGAAUGUGAACAAGAUGAUUGCUAAUCUUUCUGCUGCCUUCCGAGUUGCCAGCCCCACCAAGCCUGUUAAAGUGCAGCGUCUUGCGGUGGUGACUGGGCAGGAAGGGAUUGAUGCGGUAAACAAGGAGAAUGAGGGAGUGUAG